GCUAUUUAAGCAACAACGAUUUAUGAAUGAAAUGUCGACAAACUAAACGUAAAAAUACAAACUAAACUAGUAAAAUGUCGAUAAAAAUUAGUGGAACACAGACGACCGAUAUUUUUAAAGAUGAGAAAUCGGGAAAGCUGAGAGAGGUUGGAAAUCAGGCAGCUUGGUCACUAUCCUCUUGUAAACCAGGUUUUGGUGUUGAACAGUUACGAGAUGAAGGUCAUGAUACGUACUGGCAAUCAGACGGCCCCCAACCACACCUCGCUAAUAUCCAGUUCCGUCGUAAAACAACCAUCUACGAUAUCUGUUUCUUCGCUAAUUAUAAAGCUGAUGAAAGUUAUACACCGAACAAAAUUUCUAUACGAGCUGGAAACCAUUUUAAUGAUUUAAUAGAAAUCGAGCAACUAGAGAUGACGGAGCCAGUUGGCUGGAUGUCCAUACCUUUAAAAGACUCGUAUGACCAGCCAAUUAGAACAUUUAUGAUACAAGUAGCUAUACUUUCGAAUCAUCAGAAUGGACGAGACACCCAUGUUCGACGAAUUAAAAUCCGUUCACCAACUCAAUCGUUUAAUCUGUCCACCACAGGUUUACAGAACUUCACUAGUAAAGAAUUACAGAUGUAUUCAGUUGUUCGUUGAUUAUGGCUGUUGAGUUGUGUUAAAACUAGAAGUGUGUACUUUAUGACAUCUCUCCCGUCAUCAGGAACGGUGGAUGUGAAUCGUGAUAUUAAACACAUAAAAAUCAGACACGUUUUUAGAGAAGGAUUAUUUGAGUUAAUGGAAAAGACACAAAUUAUUGAAUAAAAUUGUACCAUAUGUUA